AUGGACCACCCGGACGACGCCGGGGACGCGGAUCUCGAGUACCUCGAGGAGUUCGACGCGUCGCGCGGCAUCCCGUUUCAAACGCACCUGCUCGCGGGGUCGGGCGCGGGCCUGGCGGAGCACUGCCUCGUCUUCCCGCUGGACACGAUCAAGACGAACGCGCAGUGCGUCGGGCAGUGCGGGCGGACCCAGGCGCCGGACGUCGUCUGCGUGCGCGCGGCGAAGGAGCUCCUCAAGGACGGCUACAGCAGCGGCGCGGGCGCGCUGCGGCUCUGGCGGGGCGUCGGCGCCGUGACCAUCGCCUGCGUGCCGGCCCACGCCGUGUACUUCGGGUCCUUCGAGGCCGUGCGGUCAUUCGACGCGGGGCGGCCCGAGCCGUCCGUCGUCGUCAACGCCGUCGCGGGCGCCGUCGCGGCCGUCGGCCACGACGCGAUCAUGACGCCCGCGGACGUCGUCAAGCAGCGCCUCCAGCUCGGCCACUACGGCGGCCUCGUGGACUGCUUCCGCGAGACGACGCGCUCCGGCGGGCUCGCGAGCCUCUACCGGUCCUUGCCGACGACGCUCGCGAUGAACGUGCCCUACGGCUGCGCGUCCGUCGCGCUCAACGAGCACCUCAAGAGCUCGCUCAAGCGGCGGCGCGAGGGCCGGCCCCUCGGCGUCGCGCCGCUCCUGGCCUGCGGCGGCGCCGCGGGCGCGGUCGCGUCGCUGCUCACGACGCCGUUGGACGUAGUGAAGACGCGGCUCCAGACGCAGAACCUGCGGCGCGCGGCGCCCUGCCCGCCGGCCGGCGGCGCGCCGGGCCGCCGGGGCCUCGCGUCCUUCGCCGCGGGCGCGCCGGGGAGCCUCUACGCGGCCGAGGCGACCGGCGCCGCGACGGUCUACAACGGCUUCGCGGACGCGGCGCGCGCCAUCUACACGGCCGACGGCUACCGCGGCUUCUUCCGCGGCGCGACCAUGCGCGCCCUCGCCCAGGCGCCGUCCGUGGCCAUCGUCUGGACCACCUACGAGCUCCUCAUCCGCUCCCUCGCGCCGCCGGCGCCCUAG